ACGCGCAGUGAUCCGGACCAUGACCAAAUAAAUUUAGUCGUGAUACGGACUUACAAUUUAUAUUAGUCUUAUAUUAGAUUAUUUAGAUUUAUAUUUUAUCCACAGAAUGAAUUUGUAUAUUUUAUAUUAAUAUUUAUUUAUUCAGUUUGUCUGUGAUAUAUCCUCGGAUCACUGUCUAAGAAUAUAAUAUAAAGAUAUAUUGCAAUUCUUAUAACCGUACUCACAAAAGUUACAGCCUCCUAAAGUUUAUUUAUUAUUAAAAUAAUUUUCAAUUAAUAAUUAAUAAAAUAAAUUUGAAUAAUGAAAACGCGUAAGUGUUGUGUAAAAGGAUGCACUAGUGUAAAAAGAAACCCUAAAGUUUCUUUUUUUAAUGUACCUAAAGCUAAUUAUUUAGCUUGGAACUUAGCAGUGAGUAAUGCUAACCAUGAGAAAACAAUUGUAAAACGUGUAUGUGCUGAACAUUUUCAACCUGACGAUAUAAUAGAUACAUAUUCAAUUCCUGACGAUGUCGCCAAUGAAGUUGGAAACAGAAUCAAAAUUGGUUUGAAAAAGGGGAGUGUUCCUUCCAUUUUUUCUUCUGUUGAUAAAAUAAGUAAUGAAUUUGUACCUUCUGUCAAUAAUUUGAAUUCUGAUCACAAUUAUGCCAAUUGUUCAGUUAGUCAUCAAGUCAAUAAACCUAAAAUAAGAAAGAUAUUCAUAGAAAAUAUGUCUGAAAAUAUUGUUGAGAUAUUGACAUUUAAUGACCUAACAGCAAAUUUUAAAAAAGCUGUAUUACCAGAAGGAUGGACAUCACAUUUUAGUAAUGAUGAAAUUGUUUUUUAUAAACCAAAAUUCAGUGAUGAUAAAAUGAAAAUAGAAAAGCAAUUAGUUUUUAAAAGUACGUUGGAAAUAUGUGUUUAUGUUUACCAAUUUACUAUUCAAACUGAAAAAAUAAGCAGCACAUUAAAAUAUCCAAUUAGCUUAACAAGUCUGUCGCAACUAAUUAAAGUUCUUGAUUUAAAAAAAAUUUGUGGAGGUGGUCCAAGAUCAAUAGAUUUUCCAGGAGUUCGGGUAAAAACUGCAACCUUGGAAAAUAAUCAAUUAUGGCGUCACCAAAAAUGUCCAAUUUUAAUAGACAUAAAAACAAAAAAAUGUUCAGCCUGCAACUUCUUGAUUAAAUAUUUUAGAAAAUCGUCGAAGCAAGUAAAACAAUCAACACACAUUGGAUGUACUCUUACGCCAACAAAAUGUAGUAUAGUAAAAAAUUUGAAAAGAUCCAAUUCAAGGUUACGGACUACGAUUACUAAGAUCAAUUUUGAAUUAAAAGAGCUACAAGAAAAACAAAGAAAAUAUCAAAUGACUGAACAAAACAAAUCUCAGAUUCAGAAAAUUUAAGUAAUCCUCAAAAACUGUUAGUCAAAGAAACUGUUUCAGUUUGAAUUGUACAGCUCAAUUAGUCUUAAAAUCUUCUUGAAAAUGCUGGUGCUUAGGAUGAUGGAUUAGUGUCAGACGGAGCAACUUGUAAUUGCCAAUUAUGGUGAAAACUGGGUAAGAUCAUAUUAUAUGGCUUGACAAUUGGGAUGACUAACUUAAUAAACAAAAUAUUUUAAAAGAAGAAUUUUUAACCAAAUCAACAGUGGAUGGUUUACGAGUAUCAGUUUGAUAGUAAGUAGUUGCCAACUACUUCCAUAACCGGCCAAAUAAUAAGAAGAUGUGUGCUGCCAACACGGAUCUAACUUUUAACUAUUAAUUCAGUUCCAGAUGCACUUUGUUUUAUAUACGUAUCUUUUAUAUUAGCACUUUUAUUUUGUAUAUUAAAUUCUGUUAUAUUUGUAAACUGUUAUCAGUACCUUUGACUAUGAACCAUCUUAAACUAACUUAUAUAUAUAUAUAUUGUUUCCUGUUAAUAAUUGUUACAGUGUUAUUAAUUUAAUUGUAAUAAUUUCUUAUUAAUGAUUGUGAUUUGUUAUGCUGUAUUAUAGAAUCUUUUUUCGUGUAAAUUAGUAAAAUAAAAUAUUAUUAGUUUCAACAAACUUAAAUGCUAGUAUAAGUUUUCAGUAAAAAUUAAAAAAAAAAAUAAUAUCUGAAAUAAAUAUUUUUGUUACAUAAUAUAUAUUAUAUAAAUGAUGUAGUAUUAUACAUUCUUUACAUUAAUUGUAUUGUCACCUACCCAUCAAUUAUUUGGUAUGGCUAGACAAGUUAAUGGACCAAACUACCUCUGUUCAACAACUUGUAUACAAGAACUGUAUUCAAUAUUUAAACCGGGAAUUGUAAGAUUUUGGAUGUUAAUAUACCAAAAAUAUCAAUCAACAAUUUUAAAUCUGUCCAACAACAGAGCAAACAGCUGAUAAGCUUAAAUCAUUAAAAAAUAUAUUGG